AUGGGUGAUUAUUACAGGGAACAAGAUCGGCUUUACUCUAAGCACUCUUACGGAAAUGACAUUGUUGAAUUUGACUCACAAUAUGGUGCGACCGACAUUCGCCCAAUGUAUCGUUCUAAAAACUUCUUGUCCGACUCUCAUGGAUUUUUCGACCGCAUGAAAUCCAAGUUGAAUAUCUUUAGAGGUGACGAAGAUGAUGGUAGCGAUUCCUCCAUUGCUAAGAGUUCCUCCCUAACUCGACAAGCUCAAUUGUGGAACGCAAUCAAGUGCAAGCCCAUAAAACUGGUUCUUGACAACGAUUUUGUAGCCAGGAGUCACACGAAUAUACCCGGUCAAAGCGAUCCGGUCUUGGAAAGUGCCAACACGUUCCUCACAGUUAACAACCAAAAUUAUGAAAGAAACAGCAACUCACCCAGUAAGCGCGAUACAGGUUGUAGUGUACCUUUGAGUGGCUCACCGUUUGCCAACACUGGAAUAACAGAUUUUAUCGGGUUUGAAAAUGAUGGUAAUACAGACACGCCGAUCUCGCCAUGGGACAAAAUCCACGUUAAAUCCACGUUUAAAGGCUCGACUACUCUGCAAACCAUUCAAAAGCGACUGCUCCAGAUUUCUGCGCGGAAGCAAGAAGUAGCAAAGAGCUACCAGAAACUACUUAAAGAGCUUAGCGAGUGGUGGCAGGACACUAUUGAGGCGGAGGAAAGUAUGGAAUUAAUAUGUGAUCUUCAGAAGUUAUUUCACGAGGACUUGGUCUUCGAGCAGAGACUCUCAAACAAACUCAAAGAGGUAUCCAAAGCUUUGGAAUUCACCAAGAUGCGAGAGGAGGAAAUGCUACAAGAACGUAAAGAAGUGCAGCAUACCAUGAAAAAAUAUGGUCAAAUAAAGUGUAAGAGGGGCAAUCACAGCGAAGAAGCACAUUUCUUGAAGGAGAGGGUUGUCACAAGACAGAAUUCACUCAUGGUAAUUACGGGACAUUAUCAACAAUCACUCUCAACAACGGCCCGGGAACUAUUUGUGAAUGCCAGCGUAGAAUACUUCGAGACUGCCUCAGAUAUUAAAUCAACUAGCAAGGACUUCUUUCAAAAUUCUGUCAACUACUUGAGAGACACCAACGCAGGAAAUAUUGAGCAACAUAUCGACGACCUGAGGAGAAAGCGAGCCGAUAAGCACUGGUCAAAAUUGACUCCACAAGAAAGAGAUGAUCCCAAUAGGCUGGUAGAAAUAAUGAGUGAUAUGUAUAAUGGCCAGGAUUCUCUGAUGUGCUGCAUCAAUAGAAAACCUCUUUCCAAAAGCCCCGCCAAAUUAAAUUUUGUGGCCGACAAAGAGAAUCAACCUCAACCGAGUUCUCAACGCGAGUUGAAAUUAGAGUUCAAGACCGGCUUGGAAGAUUCAUCACAGUUAGCUAGUGAAAGCAACAUCAGAAGUGAUCUCGAAGACACUUGUUCAAAGAGGUCAGACUAUGGUAAAAAGUGUGCCUCCAAACGAAACCUUCAACCACUAUCGCUCGAUUCAAAUCGCACUCUGAGAUGUGAAGGUGUCAAUCGCGCCAUUGAUUAUCGUAGGCGCUCUCGGUUGCCCUAUCCAGAUACUUCGGAAACAAUAAGGGCCCAUAUCGAAAACUUGAGAAGCGGUCUUCGCGACUCUAAUACAGAAUUUGGCUUAAAGCUCUCCGCACACAACGAUGGUGGAACUAUACUGGAUCUUUCUCCGGGCAAUGACGAUUUUCAGGGCUACACCUAUGAGCCUGAACAAGAGCUGAAUCGUAACAAGUGGAUAGAAUCUCCGGGUGGAACGUGA